AGAUUUCAAUCGGCGAGAAAUUGAGUACCACGAUGUGCACGUUACCGGUACUCUUCUUGAUACUUGCUGGUACGGCAUCCAUUGAUGCCACAACCUAUAAUGUCACAACGCCAACGGAGUGGUGGCAAACAGCCGUCAUCUACGAAAUCUGGCCUGAAUCCUUCAAGGAUAGCGAUGGCGAUGGGAUCGGUGAUUUGAAUGGUAUUACGAGCAAAUUGAGUCAUUUUGUCGACAUGGGCGUCACGUGCAUCUGGCUCGCGCCUAUAUACGAGAGUCCCUUCGUCGAUAGUGGCUACGACAUUUCUGAUUUCUACGCAUUGCAUUCAACUUACGGUACACUUGACGAUUUUACAACUCUGGUCAAAACCGCCCAAGAAUUGGGACUUAAAGUAAUCAUCGAUUUUGUUCCGAAUCACACAAGUGACGAACACGAAUGGUUUGUCAAAGCAAAGCAAGGUAUCGAACCAUACUACAGUUACUACAUAUGGAACGAAGGAAUUAUGUACGGUGAUUAUCGUGGACUGCCAAGUAAUUGGAUCUCUGGGUUCACUGGCAGCACUUGGGAAUGGGUUGACGAACGUAAUGCCUAUUACCUUCACCAGUUCAGCAAGCACGAAGUCGACCUUAACUGGAGGAACCCUGACGUCAUGGAGCAAAUGAAGAAAGUUCUUACGUAUUGGCUUGAUCUUGGGAUAGACGGCUUCCGCGUCGACGCGGUGCCCUUUUUCGUAGAGUCUGCUAAUUUUACGAAUGAGACUUUGUCCGGGCAGGACGUCCCGUCGGACACUUAUUACUACUUGAACCACACCGAGACAAAGGAUCAACCAGAGAGUUAUCCACUCGUACAGGAGUGGAAGGAACACAUAAACAACUACACAGUCUCACAGGGUAACGACAAGGUGCGGGUCAUGUGCACAGAAGGAUACUCUGCCAUUGAUUACGUAGUCAAAUGGUACGAUUACGGUUCCGAUGUGCCAUUCAAUUUCUUUUUCAUUUCCGAUGGCCAAACUUCCGCUGUUAUAGACACAGCUACAGAUAUAGUCGACAUAAUUACGAAGUGGUAUAACAAUAUGCCGAGUGACCAAACAGCUAACUGGGUGUUAGGAAAUCACGACAGAAGUCGAAUCGCCACCAAGGUUGGAUUAUACCGAACUGACGGGAUCCAUUUCUUGAUUCUUCUCAUGUCUGGCGUUCCUACUCUUUACUUCGGCGACGAAAUCGGCAUGACCGACACAUUUCUGACCUGGGCAGAAACUACUGAUGUACAAGCAUGUAACACCAAUGAAACAGAGUACCUCAGUUGGACCAGAGAUCCCGAACGCACCCCUUACCAAUGGGAUAACACAACUGCUGCCGGAUUCUCUACAAACUCUACACCGUUCCUCAAGGUGAACGAGAACUAUCUGACCGUAAAUCUUGCCGCCGAAAAAGAGGCCGAUUUCAGUCAUUAUAAGAAUUUCCAAAAAGCGAUCGCUCUACGAAACACCACCGUAUGGCGAGAGGGAACAGUCGACGUUGAACUUAUCGAAGACGACGUAAUAGGUAUGUCUAGGCAGCUUGAUGGGGAAGAUCCAAUCAUAGUUUUGGUAAACUGGGCGAAUACCACCGUCACCGUUGAUUUGGACAGUUACUUUGCCGAUUUGCCCGAUACCAUGGAACUUGUUAUAGCUGACAUGUACUCCGGAUUGAAUGAUAACAUUGGAGAUACUUACAACAAAUCAAGCAUGUACAUCCCAGCGUAUGGCGCAAUGGUACUUCUGGGUACAAGUUCGUAGAGCCAUUCCGAAUCCAUCCGAGAUAUUUUGUUCUUACGACAAUUUUGCACACAAGCAUCAACGAUGGAUCGACGUUCCUUGCACCAUUCAACGAUCAGUCUGCCGAAACUCAUCACAAACUAAAGUUUAACUUUUGAUGAUUACUUCGAAACGUUAUCUUCGCCCCUUUAAAAUAACGCAACAAAUGUAUUUGAGAUCCGUUUCAAGUCGUAUGUGUAACAAUGGACUCUAAACUUGAAUAACUAUUACUUACCGAUUUGUAGUUCACGCACAAUAAUUUCGAAAUAAAGUAGAACAAAUUGUCGUAGUCAAGUGUAACCGGAUGGUAUAUCAUUAUAUUGUUAUGAACGAAAGUUAAUUGAUAAUUUUCAAAUAAUGUGAAAAUCUGUUGAACCUAGCAUACUCAUACAAUGAACAAGCCGUGAGAAAAAUAUCAGCGGUACUUUUCAUCACGUUGCAAACCAAUUCAAUUAUCAGAACCUAGUACCUCAAGUAUUGUCAAAAUCGUUUGCGGUUGCGUUUCUUCUUCAUGAAAUUGCUUCUUUCUCCGCAAGCCAAAUGUAAAACGCUACAUAUAACAGAUUUGAUGCAAUUGUUUGCUAUAUACCAAAUUGAAAUUAUGUUUAUAAAUUUCUAAAAUUAUUAUAAGAAUGGUAAUAACAAUAAUACUCUGAUUGCGAAAGCUACCUUACAUCACAUCGGUUUUGCAAACGGAAAAAUUUGUUUUAUUUAAGAAACGAAAUCAAUAAUCCUACAAAUUGUCUCUGAAUAAUUUAUUCGCGAUCAUUUUCCAAUAAAAGCGAGCAUUCGAAUUGUAAGGGAUAUAUGAAUUCUUCAUACUUAUCAUC